GGUAUCUAUCGCUCCGUCGUUGACGUUAGGACUAGUGAGGAACAGUUUAAGUCGAAAAUGGAACACUGUGGAGUUCUUCUGAUAAGCCUGGUCCUGCUGGUGGGUUAUGUGACAGCUGGGAAAGAUCAUAAUCACUCCCCGAAAUACCCAUCGUAUCCGAAGCACUCUCCCCCAUCCUAUCCGUCAUAUCCGAAGCACCCUCCCCCGAAACCUUACUAUCCGCAACCUCCACAGCCACAGCCUCCACAAAAACCAUACUACCCGCCAGUAUACGGAUAUCCGCCCUAUCCAUACCCACCAGUGUAUCCACCAGCACCCGCAUCAUGCAAAGGUCAGUUCAUGUGUGUCGACCUUAAUGAGGGCGGUUACCCUCACUGCGUGCAUAUAGACAAGUGGUGUGAUGGGUCCAGGGAUUGUGCAAACGGUGCUGAUGAACAAGAUUGUCCCCCGGACUGUCUCGCCCAGAGGAUGAUGCCGUGCAACGACAGAAGAUCGUGUUCUGUGCCUUGUGAUGGAUUCACGGAUUGUCCAACCAUGGAGGACGAACGCUUCUGCAAGGGUACGUGUAAAUGCCGCCCCGGUGAAUACCAGUGCUUGGAUGGGCUGACAUGCAUCAGGGCAUCCGACAUCUGUAACGGGCGAUACGAUUGCUCAGACAGAGACGAUGAAAUCGGAUGUGACUCUUCACCUACACCUACGCCACAUGAGUGUCCGUGUAAAGAAGGGGAGUACUGGUGCAAGGGGAACAAGUUAUGUUUACCGGCAAGCAAGGUCUGUGAUGGGGUGAAAGACUGUGACUACGAUGACGAUGAACGAGAUUGUGCUCCCGGAUGCAAGUGUCACCCUGGACAAUACCUGUGUUUGGGCGGAGAAAAGUGUAUAGCGAAGGGCAAAUUUUGUUCCGAGUGUGGCGACGAUGAUGCAGAUGUUGAUUGCGAGAUGGGAGAAGACGAGGAUAAGGACAUGUGCAACUAUCCGAGCACGAGCGGUUGUGACUGAAAAAGAGAAAGUAAAUACAGCUCGUUACAAAAUUCAUGAAAAAGUUACGGAACAAUUCUUUUUAAAUAAAUAAGAUAAUACAACAGAAAGCUUUAUAUAAUUGAUUAUCUUUUGCAAAGCAGAUUUGGCAUAUUUUAAAUACAUAUUUGGUAAAGUCCUAUAUUUUAAUGAAAUGGUCGAAUUUGAAUAAGAAUAUAGUUUUUGUUUAGUAGUUCAUAUUUUUAUUUUUCGCAAUAUGUAUAAAAUUGAUCAAACAAAUAAAAGUAAGCUCAUGAUAAAUAAAAGAUAAUCUAUGCAAAUUUAAUCCUAUUCUAAAAAGAAUAAUUGGUGAAGGCUCCAAAUUGUCCACAUCGUUUAAAGCACCAUAGUGGUUAUAGCAAGCAUCAAGAACUAUUAAUAAAAAAAAUAAAAAAUAAAUGCCUUUAUGCUUCGAUAUAUUUGUAAAUACAUAGUAGAUUGUUGCAUAGAAUAAGUUUGGUUGUUUUUCUUUUUAAACAAUAACUGUACAUAUUGUCUGAAGCCUAACUAAAUAGAUCAAAGUUGUUCUACAGCUUGAUUCUUUUAUUUCUUUGUUUAAAUUAAAUAUCAAUAUAUGAAUUUUAAAGUCAUGGAGUGUACUAUUUGUAUAGACUUGUACACGAAACUAAAUUCAAUGUGUGUAUGUGAGCUAUAAAAUCCCAAAAUUAUCAUUUGUAAAUGUAUAUAUAUGCACAAACUUUUGUUCUGGAUGCUGAACGUUUAUGGCUCUUUUUUAUAAAUUGCAUAUUGGUAGAGUUUAUCAUAACGAACUUCUGACUAUUUUAAUGAAUUUCGUAUUCAUCUAUUAAUUGCAAUAGGUAUUUGUUUUGUGAACUGUUUUGUCUAAUGUUGAUUCAAUAUUUAAAUACAGCGUCAUAUACAUGCAAAUAACAUGUUUCUAACUUUUAUUACGUGUUUUAGCUUUCGAAUGUUUAUUAACAAAACCUUUUAUUUCAUCACAAAUCGUAGAUUAACGAAAUGAAUCAAUCAAAUAGCCUAAUUGUUAUCAUCUCUCAGCGUGCACUAAACUGAUACAAGAAAAACUCGUGCAAUUGAACAUUUAUUUGCAAGCUAAUCAUAUGUAUCAUUUCUGUUAAAAAUAUAUUAUGGCAUAGUUAUAUUUCUUUAUUGCUUACCAAAACUUUUUUUUAACUCGCAUCUUUGUUGCUGAAAAUAUAAUGUUAUACAUAUAGAAAUAUCUUGUUGUAUCGUAUAAUGCUGUACUGUGACCUUCCGCUGA